AUGACCAUGGCGCACUCGCACAUUGAGAAUCAUGGUCAUACGCUACCCUUUCGGGGUGCGUCGACUAGCUACGAAGACCACCAAGACAGGCCUGGAUAUCACUACAGACUCCCUCCGCCUCAUUCUUCGAUUCCAUUAGGGCUUGUUGUCGAUAAUCGACGGAAUGAGCGUCCCAAAGCUGCAGACAGCUUGCCACAGCUACCCCCAGUGCGCCACCUUCUCUAUCCGGAAGAACCAUCCCCGUAUGCCACUCCGUAUCAUGGGAGGAGCCCUCGUUCGUCACCGCCAAUGAGCCAGCGCUCUCUCGACUCGCAGCUGCAUAUCCGCCCAUCCCAUGAAUUGGGUGGUGCGGCAUUUCGUCCCAUCACUUCUCCCAAUGACGGGGUAUACCAUCCGUCACAUUCUACUAGACUUCCGUCAUUAUCGCAGGUCGGCAUAGAACCGCCUCGUUCGCAUUCAAUUAUGGACCAGGAUUCUCCAACCGAUCGAUAUCCAAGAGAAUACACAAUCAGCCCCGGAGGAUCAUCACAUGGGUCGCCAGUGAUGCAGCAAAUCCACGCCGCAAGACUGGAGAGAGGCACCCCAGUUUCAACGCUCCCCACCCAGGUAGUCGAGGAAAGAUAUGUGCCUGGAAAGGGAAUUUGCUACAUCUAUGCCGAUCAAAGCCUCUGCCCCAAGUCCAUCGAUGGAGAGCCAGUCAACCCCAGCUGGGGGUUAACAAAGGCAGGCAAGGCUCGAAAACGCUUAGCCCAAGCCUGUAUCCCCUGUCGAGAAAAGAAAAUCAAAUGCCACCCAAACAAGCCCAGGUGUGACCAAUGCCAAAAGUCUGGAAGAGAGUGCAGAUUUGAGAGCGCGCCUCGAGGUAACCGAGCUCGAUCCUCCUCAUAUGACCCUCAUCCGUCGCGGCCUCGGUCGCGCCAAAUGAUGAGAUCGACACCUGGAAGUCCUCGUGAAGUCGACCUGGCCCUCCAUUCUUUGCCGCCCAAUUCUGUCAGCCCCCCUACGUAUGGAGGACACCAAGAUUCGUCUGAAAUGAAGGACAGAAGCCACGAUCCUGCACACAUUCAGAAACGGAGAAAGCGAGAAGGUCAAUAUGAACAUGCCGAAGGUAUUCCGUACUUUUCCAAGUACCAUGGUGAUGCCGCUAAGAUUCGCCAGACGUUCGCCGUCCAUUCUGAUUGCCUCGAACCAAGGCACUGGUCUAAGUUCUAG